GUCGUGAACCCUUAGAGGCUUAGACCCAUGUUGAGGGCAGACUGUCCCCAGGCGGAAAAUAGCCGCGGGGCUGAGCGGGCAGCAACUCAGAGAAGCAGCGGGCAACGCUGCCCCAGAGCAGCUCAACCGCAUAUCGCGACAGGCAACUGCUGGACGCGGAACCGGCGGGUCGGACAGCAUGCGGAUGGGCAGACUGCCCCCAGGCAGAAAAUAGCAGCGGGGCUGAGCGGGCAGCGACUCAGAGAAGCACCAGGCGACGCUGCCCGGGAGCAGCUCAACCGCAUAUCGCGAAAGAUAAUUGCAGGACGUGGAACCGACAGAACGGACAGCAUGCGGAUGGGCGGCAAGGCAGCAGAGGAGCGAGGUGCACAAGCGGAACAUAUCAGCAAGCUAACAACUCAGCGAAGCACCGCCUCAGCUGCCACCCCGACUCAACCUCCCCUUCAUUGCUGCUCCUUGCAUUUGAGAGGUUGUUAGGGAUUCAAAGUGCCAGCUCCAGAGUCGCCGGGCAUUCCACUUUUCACGCGAAUGUGGAGGCAAUCUAGCAAAUGAACGUGUGCUUGCAUUCCCCGACAACAGCCCCUUUACCUUCUCUUUCAUCGCAACCCCGCUGAUCUGGCCACUCCCUCCACCUUGUCGUCAUGUCCUUCAUCGCUUCUCCCAUUGAGGGGUGUUAUUUUUUCUAGACCAGGACGUCCUAGUGUGAUUAUGAUGCCCUUUGCUUGCUGAGGAUGAGAAUGCACCAGUCGGACCUUCUAUUAAUUGCUCCCCCUCUUCCCUGGCCCCCAGUCAAUUCUGACUCCUUCAUUGAUUCUCCCAUUUGUAGGUGGUUUGUCUCUGUUCAAAGUGCUAGCUUAGGAGUUGCAUGGUGUGUCCUUUUUUUUUAACGCAAACUCGGACCCCCCCCCCCCCCCCCCCCCCCCGCUCUCCCCUACCCCGCUCCCCCCCCUCUACCUGCCACUCAAGUCAAUCUCUUCCUCCAUCGCUUCUUCCUAGCUGCUUUUUGUUUUUUUUUUGGAUGCAGCCCCCAUCUAGCAAUUUAUGUCCUCGAUUUCCUGAGAAUCAUCCUUGUUUCACUUUUCGCUCUUGCGUAAUCAUAUCGCCAUGUCAGAACGCGUGAGCGCUCGUCCUGCAUGCUUGUGUUUCCUGAGGCUUCUUCGCUCUCUCUCUCUCUCUCUCUCUCUCUCUCUCUCUCUCUCUCUCUCUCUCUCUCUCNUCUCUCUCUCUCUCUCUCUCUCUCUCUCUCUCUCUCUCUCUCUCUCUCUCUCUCUCUCUCUCUCUCUCUCUCUCUCUCUCUCUCCUUGUCAGCGAGCCUGCGUUUCUUGUGGCCCUGCCGGCUUCGGUUCACUCCUGUCAGGCCUGUCCUCCAGGUGUAAUUGACUGCCUGGUUUCCAUAUGCCUGAGGAUUUCUUCUCUCUCCCGUCCGCCGUGCUCGUGCGUCUGGUGUCCCUGCUGGCUUUGUCUCUCUCUCCCGUCAGCCGUGCGAGCGCGUCGGGCAGAGUGCAUGCACCCUUGUCCUGCACGUGUAGUGUUCCCGAGGCUUCUAAUAUGGCCCUGCUGUCCCCUGCUGUCCCAGGUUCUCUUCUGUCAGGUCUGACCUGCAGGUGUAAUUGACUGCAGCGUGGCCAUAGCUAGCUAGGUAUGCCGGACGCUUCAGUCCUCUCGUGUCAGGCGUCUCUCGCACUUCUAGUGCCCCUGCUGUCGCCACUUGUCUCCUAUCGGACCUGACCUGCUGGUGUAAUCGACUGCAUCAUGGCCAUGGCUGUCUAUCAAACGACUGGCGCAGGAGCAGCGCAAGGGAGUCGGGGAACGGCCAGUGGCGGUGUAUAUAUAGCCGCCGCCGAUGGUCCAGAAUGUGGGUCAAUAGAUAGACCAGAUUCAUCGGAGCAGAGCGGCGCCAACCUUUUUUGAAGUAAAGAUAAGAUGAUGACGGGUCUCGCUCCACUGCGCGAACUCCUAAGUGAGUCUGGUGCGGAAAAUGGUUCAGAUACCUUCCGAUUGCCGGAUCAGUCCCCAGAAUGUAUACGGUACAGAAACAAGUCCUGAUGCAUUUAGAACGUUGAGUAGGGGAGCGAGGCCCGGUGGCAUCUUGUCAUUCGUUAUUUGUCCUAUUGUGUGUGUACUUAGGUGCAUGCUGGUCUUUUUCGACAGUAUCUGGCUGUAAUUGCGGGCAUGCUCGCAGGUGGGAUUUUUUGAUAGAAUUUGGCUGUGGUUGUCGACACAUACGGGCGUUCUCGCACUUGGACUUUUUUGAAUGAAUCUGGCCGUAAUUGUGGGCACUUACGGGCAUGCUCAGGCUUGGACGUUUUGGACAGAAUCUGGCUGUAAUUGUGGGCACAUACACUGUAGAAUGUUCUGGUGAGAGGAUGAUAGCCUUAGCUGUUGUUGUCAUGUAGACGGUCUGUGUCAAAUCUGGGUGCAUUUCAGUAGUAAUAUUAUAUUUAAUAAAUAUUAAAUAAUAAA